AUGCCUCUCGUCGUACCCGGAGUCACCUCCUCGCUGGGCGACCAGUCCGAGUGGGUCAACAAGCUGAUGGGCAAGAAGAUCAGCGAGACGAGUGAUGCAACCUCGUUCGCCAAAAAGGACCUGCCGGAAUCCCACCGCGUGUUGAAGCCCGGCGACAUGAAGACUAUGGACCACAAACCGGAGAGACUCAACAUCCAUGUUGACGAUGACGGGACCGUUCGCGAUGUGAACUACGGCUAG